CCCCUCCCCAAUUUGUUCUUUUUAGGGUGGGAGAAAAUAUGUGAAGCGAGUAAGAAAAUAAAAAAGGAAACCAACGUUACCCUCCUGCUGUUCCACCCACCCCCCCCCAAAAAAAAAAAAAAGUUAGGGCGGGCGCCUUGUUCCCAUCUCACUCCCACAAAACGUUUUACUAGCGCAUCAGUUUCAAUACAAAAUUGUUUUACUGUUUGUAAGUUGCAAAAUGAAACAACCCCCCACAAGAUCAACAGGCUAAAUAAGCUGGGGACUGUGUCCUGCAUCCCUCUCCCUGCAGCCCUCGCUUGUUUAUUUGACUAUUUAGAGCUGAAGCGUUUCAACUAGGGACCUUGUUUUCUUGCAAAAACAAAGUUUAGCAACUUUGGGUGUAAUACAAAUCAUUCUUUGCUUAAGAGGGACUGUGCCUUUCUGAGUAUAUUUGAGGAAUCACUUUCUAAACUGGAGAUAUGAGUGUGUAGCCAUUUAAAUGGGUAAUGAGCUUAUUAGUUAAUCAAAUAGUUACAGCCUGGCUCCCAGGGAGUUGGUGGCUGUCCCUGUACUAGAGGCAGCAGCUGGCUCAUUGGGAGCUGGGUGACAGGUGGGAGCAGGUAUGCACUGGGAGCCAGCUUAAAAUAUGGCCUUUGGCAUGUGCUGGCUGCUGGCAGAUUGAAAUAUGGCUAAAGGGAGGUCUGCACUGCAGUUGGGAGCACACUGGCUGCUGGCCACACUCCCCGGGAGCUAGUGUGUAACUACUAAAAUGUAUGAUGGCUAGCCUGUAUGGAUACAAUUAUAACAAUUUUUUGACAGCUGUAUUCUAAAUUUGGCAAUAGGGACCAUCUCUUUUGGUAGUGGGGGUAAUGGUAGAUUGUCACAUUCCAUUCAUUCCUGUGAGAUGGUUUAUGGUGGGGCUGUGUUAUACUAGUCAUUAUGAUAGCUUUUUGGUGGAAGCCCCCUGAAACUCUUCAGUUAGAGAAUUAAUCAAUGAAAGGUAUGUUGCAAAAUUUGUUCCCAAAUUUUAACUUUUUAAAAAGAAGCUUUUGUAUAACCAAAGACCCGUGGGAGGGAAUUGUUUCCUUCAAGCUUAAAAAAUGGCAAACAGUUAGUUAUUUAUAAACAAGCUACCCUGUAUUUCCUCUCCAGUGUUUGAAAUCCAAACAUUGCAGCUUUUGAACAUGAAAGUGAAACUGACUAUACAGCAUUUUCAACUCUUACUUUUCAUUGCCUAAGUGGAAUGAGUUCAAGAAGUUAAUACUAUGUAAAUAGGGAUAAGUAAAUUAUUUUUCUCUCUUAAUAGUUUCAUUAUUAGUAAUAACAGGUAUGAACUGUUUAUUUAAAACAUUUAAUGCUUAGAUGGUAUAGUGUGUCUUGUAAUGUUUAUACAAUGUUAUAAAGAUGGAAAAUCUUGUCUGGAAACCAUUGUUCUCAGCCAUGUAAGUACAGGGCUCACUGUCUUGGGGUUCAAGCUAAAUAGAGUGUGUUUGUAAAACUGAGGAACUGUUUGUUUCUUAUUAUUAAAGAUCCCAGACUGCUAUUCACAGGAGUUGGGGUGCUAAUCCAAUAUCCUGGCCAAAGUUCAGUUUGAGUGGCUACAUUCCAAAAGACGUAAAUUUGAAAUAAAUAAAGGAAAAGAACCUUGACAAUGUCUUCAGUGGCAUCAGAAUAUACCAUUGGUGGGGUGAAGAUUAACUUUCCUUGCAAGGCUUACCCCUCACAGCUUGCUAUGAUGAAUUCAAUUGUUAAAGGGCUAAAUUCCAGGCAACAUUGUUUGUUGGAGAGCCCCACAGGAAGUGGUAAAAGUUUGGCGUUACUAUGUUCUGUAUUGUCAUGGCAGCAGUCUCUUCACGAGAAGUCACUGGAUGAGUUCUCAUGUGAAAAGGAAUGCAAAAAACCAGAGCCAUCUUUGCCAUGUCACUGUAGAUGCCAUUCCCAGGCAGUGUCUAAUGACACUUCUGCAGAUGUGAACCAAGGUGCCUCUUGUUCUUUCACUGAUUGUAAAGCAGCAACUUCCAUAAAAAGUGAAACAGUCUCAACAGACAAAGAACAUAGUGGAAAAGUCACACUGUCUUCAAAAUUAUCUGCAAAAAAAUGGGCAUCUUUACAUAAAGAUGAAAAUGACGACUUUCAAGUAGACAGGAAAAGGAUACGUUUAUUAGAAACUGAGCAGCAGGGAAUUCAAUGUCUUCUGCUGUGUGUUCUACUUGCAUUCUCCAAUAUAUUUCUUGUUGUAGCAGUGCUGGAUGAUGACCCACCACAUGUUUGUUUUAAGAACACUUUCACUACUGAUUUGACAAAACAGAACAGAAGAUACCAGUGUGACAUUCCUAAAGAUAUCUUCAGCACUAGAUCCAUAAGAAAACGUCAUUGUUUUGCAAAAGGAGUGAAGUUUGUUGAUGCUCUAGAAGUUUAUCAACAGCGAAGAAAUGGAGAACUGAUUGUUCAUUCAGAAAAAAAUUCAUUUUCUCCAAAAACAUCUCCUGGCCCCUGCACACAGUGUUCCUGUUCUUCUGCAAAAGAAAACACUAAAGAUGUUAGUAAUGCAAAGAGGAAGGAAAAUGGAGGAAAGCCACACAUCCCCAAAAUAUUUUUUGGAACCCGAACACACAAGCAAAUAGCUCAGAUUACUAGAGAGCUGCGAAGGACAGUGUACUCCAGUGUCCGUAUGACAAUUCUUUCUAGCCGGGAUCAUACCUGCGUUCAUCCAGUGGUUUCCAGUAGUAGUAACAGGAACGAAAAAUGUGUAGACUUGCUGGAAGGAAAAAAUGGCAGCUCCUGUGUUUACUACCAUGGUGUCCAUAAACUUAGUGAACAUCAUGCUCUACAGUUCGCACGUAAGAAGUGUCAGGCUUGGGACAUAGAAGAUCUGGUGAGCCUGGGAAAGAAGCUACGUGCAUGUGCCUAUUUUGCAGCUCGAGAACUCAUGGUGGGGGCAGAUAUUGUAUUUUGUCCUUACAACUACUUGCUGGAUGCACAAAUAAGAGAGAGUAUGGAGAUUAACCUAAAAGACCAAAUAGUCAUUUUAGAUGAAGCUCAUAACAUUGAAGAUUGUGCACGAGAGUCAGCCAGUUACAGUGUUACAGAAACUCAGCUGAGAUUUGCUCGAGAAGAACUUGAUAUGAUGGUCAUCAACAACAUUAGGCGGAAGGAUCAUGAUCCCCUGCGGGCGGUGUGCUACAGUCUGACAAAUUGGUUAAAGGAAAGCUCUGGUCAGCUUAAAGAAAGGGGAUAUGAGACAUCCUGUAAAGUUUGGAGUGGAAAGGAAAUGCUCACCAUUUUGCACAAUAUGGGAAUAACCAAUGCUACAUUUCCUAUUUUACAGAAACAUUUUGUUGCUGUCCUUGAAAAAGAAGAAAAUAUUUCGAAAUUUCUUGGAGGAGAUGAGGUUAUUCAGGUUCCUAUUGUGAGCCCUGCUACUCAAAUUGUGCUAAAAGGGUUAUUCAUGGUUCUGCAGUAUCUCUUCAAAGAUAACAACAGAUUUGCAGAUGACUACAGAAUUGCUUUGCAACAAACGUAUGUUUGGACAAAUGAAAACCAACUUGAUAUUCCAGAUAAAAAUUCUUUCUUUGUACAACCAAAACAUAAAAGGAGUUCCCGGCAGAAAACUGCAGUCCAUAUGCUUAACUUUUGGUGCUUGAAUCCAGCUGUGGCUUUUUCAGACUUGAGUGGCAGUGUCAGGACAAUUGUUCUAACAUCUGGUACGCUCUCUCCAAUGGAUUCGUUUUCUUCAGAACUUGGUGUGAAGUUUACUAUCCAACUUGAGGCAAAUCAUGUUAUUCAUAACUCACAGGUUUGGGUUGGCACCAUUGGGGCAGGCCCCAAGGGUCGGAAGCUGUGUGCCACAUUCCAGCAUACAGAGACCUUUGAAUUCCAGGAUGAAGUGGGAGCACUUUUGCUUUCAGUGUGUCAAACUGUUGGCCAAGGAGUCUUAUGUUUUUUGCCUUCUUACAAGUUGUUGGAUAAAUUAAAAGAUCGCUGGAUGCACACUGGUUUAUGGAGAAACCUGGAGCUGGUUAAAACAGUCAUUGCAGAGCCUAAAGGAGGAGACAAAGCUGACUUUGAUGCACUGCUGCAGAUAUAUUAUGACGCAAUAAAAUAUAAAGGAGAAAAAGAUGGCGCACUUCUCAUAGCAGUAUGCCGGGGUAAAGUUAGUGAAGGCUUGGAUUUUUCUGAUGAUAAUGCCCGAGCUGUUAUAACUAUUGGUAUUCCAUUUCCAAAUGUAAAAGAUCUUCAGGUUGAGUUAAAGAGAAAAUACAACGACCAGUACUCAAAGACAAGAGGCCUUUUACCAGGUAGCCAGUGGUAUGAAAUUCAAGCUUAUAGGGCUCUCAACCAGGCAUUGGGCCGAUGUAUUCGUCACAAAAAGGAUUGGGGUGCACUUAUGUUAGUUGAUGACCGCUUCAGGAGUAACCCUAAUAAAUACAUAACAGGAUUAUCCAAAUGGAUUCGUCAACAGAUGCAGCACCAUGAGAAUUUUAAUUCUGCACUUGAUUCCUUGGAUGCAUUCGCUAAAAAAAAUCAGGUGGACACUGGUUCUUCAGCCCAGUGCAAUAAUGAAUCUCUACUUGUACAUUCAAGUUCAAAGGAUCUGUCAUCAACUUCACAAUGGGAGGCAUCUAUUCAUCUGUCACCAGAUGUUCCUGUUGAAAGUAAGGUACAGAGUUUGGUCCUGGAAGCUCAUUCGCCUACAGCAAUCAACACAGUUAAUUCUUCAGCAUCCCGUCAAUCAAGUAACAUCAUGGCAACAAAGAAAAAUGAUCAGACUUUCAGUGUAGAAAGUCAUUCUCACCAAACAGCAUGGAGAGAGAAACAUACAGAUUCCAAACCAAGGCCUGUCAUCAAGAAAGAAAGGGGGAAAAGGAAUAGUUGGACUAAUGCUGACCUUAUGAAACAAUACUUCAGCAAUAAGCCAUUGACUUCAACACCUCUGCCUGUGAAUGAAAAGAAAUGCAUCUCCCAAGCUAAGUGCAAACAAAAAAGGAGGACUGCUGAAUCUAGUCAGCCUGUUGUAAAUGGACCCCAGUGCCAGUCCUCAUUGCUUACAGAACACACACCAAGUAGACCAACAUUACAACUGGAAUCAACUAGCUCCUCAAUAACAAAUGGAGAAUUAGCUCAAUGCAUUGAGUUAUCUCCAGUAAAAGGAAAAACUGAGCUUUCAAUGUUAAAUGUAGCCAUGGAAGCAGAAGCUGAGGAUGAUAGUAUCUAUUUUACACCCGAACUGUAUGAUGAUAUAGAAUCGGAGGAGCAGCAAAUUGAACCAUUAAUGCAAACUUGUAAUAAUACUGUGAAUGAGAAUGAACAUGGAGCUUGCAUUGAAAUCAGUACUUCAAAAGUCACAAGCUCAGUUGGAGAAAUGAAAAGUAGUGGUAACAUGUGCAGAGAGUUAGAUAUUAUAAUGCAAAAUGACAAAAUUAAGGGUAACGCAGUUAGUGAUGCUGCAAGUAUUACUAGUGUAGGAGAAGUGGAACAGAAAAAAUAUCAGGAAAUGGAUGUCAGAAAAAAGAAAAGUAAACUUUCCAGAUCACGAAACAAAGGACUGAAUGAGCAAAGAGCAUGCAAACGAAGAACAAAGAAAGCUACUAUUAGGGGAAAUGGCUUCAUCUGUGAAAGAAAGGAAAUGCACAGCCAGAGCCAGCCUUGCAGAUCAGGACUGUAUUGUAUUCUCUGUGGAGCUGAAAUAUUACCAAAAGCAGAGGGAAAUUUGAAAAAAGCUUUCUGCAGUAAUGCAGAAUUGAAAAUAGUCCAGAAACUCUUCAGAAAUACAAAUGUAAGGGCUUCAGAAUCUGUUAGCAAUUGCAUGUGUGAACUGGGUACCAUUUCAGAAGAUGAUGAUGUGGUGUUGAUCAUCACAGAUGGCGCAAGUAUUAGUCAUCUUAGAGAAACUUUGAAGGUUUAUCAGACGCAAAUGAAGUAUGAAGACUUUGACACAGAUUUAGCUUUAAAUGCUAUCUGGAAUGUGAAGGAACGUUCUCUGACCAGCUAUUUGCAAUGCAGAAACUGUGUAAUCCGGUCUAUUUCUCCGUGUCCUUUGAUAGGAGCUGAAAUUAUUGAUCUCAGGCGCAAUACACAGUCAUGGAAUGCUGCUGUUGGGAGCUUGUGUCUCAGAAUCUGGCAGAAUCUUCACUUGUCUGAAUUUAGUCACAACAUUCAUCAGGAGUCUUACUGUAUUUUGGGCCUUGAAUACAACUGAAGCUUUUCCAGGAGAGCCAGACAGAUUCACAAGAAAAGAAAUACACCACUCUAUGCUUGGAUUUCAAAAUGUCUGUUUGAAGUUGCCAUCUGGCCUGCUGGUGAAACACAAAGUGUUGGGACAGCUAGAGACCCAGCACAUGUAAAAGAAACAGCAAACUUUUGUUUAAAAAAAUA